AGGAAGAAGAUUUGAAGGUUUCUGCGGGCUGCUGGGCAUGUUUUUAUAUUUAAUAAGUCAUAAAGUGUCAUGGAGCUCCUGCAGCGGCUCCUGGAUCAGUUCAGCCCCAGCGGGGAAGCGGAGUCCACGUGGCUGGAGGAGAUGUGCAACUUCGUCUCUGAGCAGCUGGCUCCGCUCCUCUCUGGCCCCGCCCCCUUUGCUGCUGACGACCUGCUGACAGGUGUGUGCGUGUGUUUGGUGAAGAAGAUCCAGGAGAGCAGGCCGCUCACACACACCUUACCUGUCAGCUACAGGCCGCUGUGUGUCUCUGAGCUGUUGUCCCAGCAGCACCUGUCCUGCGUCAGUAACCUGUCCUGGAGCACCAAUCAGCAGCAAACGUGGGCUGAGGAGGCGGAGCUCUCUGUGCCAGGUCACCACGUUCUGCCGCGGGUCAGCCUGCUGCUGAUUGGCUGUCUGACAGAGGGGCGGGGCCAUUGGAGGCUGACGGAUGCCAGCGGCAGUGUCCCCUGUGAGUGCCUGUCUCCCUCUCCUCUGUGGCUGAAUCAACCUGUCUUCCUCCCUCACUGGAACUACAUCCCCCAUGAUGUCGCAGGGCAGGGCGAGGCCGGAGGUUACCUGGAGCUGAUUUGUUCUCCUGUUUUGCUGUCUCCUUGUCCUGAGCAGCAAUUGGCUGAUGGUCCUGAAGGGGGGGCGGGGCUUAGCAGAGCGGUGGGAGUCAGAGAGGCUGCAGGUUUAAUACAGGACAGAACCCGUGGACAGCGUGUCUCUGUGUAUGGACGGGUGUCGUCAGUGUGCCCUCUUCUGGUCGUGGCAGGAACUCCGUUCUUUGUCUUCUGGUUGACGGACAGGGGCGCUGCGCUGCCAGUCCUGGUGAAGGAGCCAGGCCGGCUGUGGUGGGCGGGGCGUGUGUGUGUGGGUCAGAGUGUUUGUGUGACGGUGCUGCGUGUGUGUGUGUUGCGAGGCUGGAGAGGAAACAACAUCCUGUGUGUGACUGACCGCUCAGAGAUGCACACAGACGACACACACACGCACGCUGCCUCGCCGCCACCGGACACGCCCCCGCUGCUGCCGGACACGCCCCCGCCGCCGCUGAUGUCACGCGCCGAUGACAGCGGUGAGGAGGCGGAGCCAGAGAGAGACAACGUCCAAUCAGCUGUCAGGAUGAAGCCGUCCAGAGUCAUCAGCUACCAGGGCACUGUGACAGAGGUGGUGAGUGAGGGGGCGGGGCUGUAUGUGAUUGACAGGAAGGUGGGGCUAUGUCUGGCCUAUCAGCCGGCGCUGAGGAGGAACCUGCGACCAGGUGACACGGUGGAGCUCCAUCACGUCCACUUCCUGUACCGGGCGUGUCCUGACCUUUCUCCCAGCAUGCUCUGCACCUGUCUGCGUUCCAGCCUCAGGGUCACGACCUUCAGCAGACUGCGGCGCUCGCCGACUGAACGCCGCUGCCCCGGGGACGCCGUGUUACCACGGUUACUGCUGGAGAAGAACAUGGGCGUGUCAGAGUAUCUGUGGACCUGUCACCUGAGCUCCCAGCUCUCACACAGUCUGGUCCCCAGUGUGUUGCAGCAGCAGUGUGUGUGUCUUCUGUCCUGGAAGUUGAUGGAGUGUGUGUUGGGACAGGGACGAGGACGGAGACGGAGGGACAUCUACUCAGAGAUGUUGGACGAACCACACACCUGUCCUCUGACACAGUACCGAGUAGACCCUGCAGUGCAUCAGUACCUCAGUGUGUCGGAGCUCCUGGCGUCCCUGCAGUCCGAAUGGUCCUCAGUGUCCCCGCCCUCCGAUGGAUCUGGUCUGAGCCGGUCCUGGUGCUGCAGGAGGCUGGCUUCUGACCCCGCGGCGGGAGCCUGUCUCAGGCGACGUCCCCUGCUGCUGGUUGGCGUGCUGGAGCUGCCGUCGGUGGCGAGCGGCGCCCUGCAGCUCCGAGACGGGACGGCUGCCAUCGACUGUGUCGUCACGGAAACCAGAGAAGAAAAAGGAGGAGGACAGAGGGAGUCCUCCAAUACAGCCUGGAUAGGCUGUCUGGUGUGUGUCCAGCACUUCACCAUGGUAACAGAGAGAUUGCUCCAAUCAGAUUUCCCUUCUGACCAACACCUGAACCAGGACCAGUACAACACAUACACACACUGCAGAGUGUACCUGCAGUUCUCUCUGGACCUCGUCCACAUCCUGAGCCCGUCUGUUGCCAUGGGGACACACCUGCAGCGGCGGGGUGAUGAUGUCACAGCGGGAGGUCAGCCAUCAGGCGGGAAGAGGAGAAGAGAAGAAGAAGAAGCAGGGCCCUCGUCCUCCUCCUCUGUUACUGUGGCGACCGGCUGCCGGCCCUGCGCCUCCGUUGUGAUCAGGGUGCAGCAGAAGGAGGGCGUGGCCUGGAGGAACACGGGAGCGGGGCUAGGGCGGAGGGGGGCGGGGCUGACACCCUGCUUCUCUGUCAGAGCUGCUGUGAUUGGUCCAGUGGUCCGCUGGGGGCGGGACCCAAAGAACCAGCCAAUGAUGGACAGGGAGGCGGGGACAGAGGAGCAGCAGGUGGUUCUGGUGCUGUCAGGUGUGGCAGCACGCUGGUUUCCUGUUCUGCAGAUCAACUGUUUCUACAGACUCAUCACUCCCAACACACAGGAUCCAAGUGUUCUGAUUGGCUGUGGAGUCUCCGGGAGGAGCAGCGUGGAGCUCCACACUGACUCCACCCUGCAGGUGCGCUCUGAUUGGAGGUUCCACACUCUGACACGCCCCCUGCUGCUGCACACCUGCACACAGGCUCUCUCGCCCUCAGUCCUCUCUCUCUCUGAGGUCCUGGACUGCAGGUCAGAGUUGGUGUGUUUUCAGGCUCAGGUGUUGGACAGAAUCAAUCUGAAUGACAGGACCUCUGAGUCUGCUGCAGGUGUGUGGUCAGGUGUGUGUUCAGGUGUGCGACUUACAGUGUGCGACCACACUGGGAGGAGUCUUCAGGUGUACCUUGAUUUAAGCCACACCCCCUAUCCACUUGGCCUGUUGCCAGGCAACACACUGCUACUGUCUGCUUUCCAGAGGAGAGUGUCCAGGUCAGGAAGUGUGUACUUCAGGUCUCUUCCUGUCAGUUUAGUGUGUGUCGUCUCAUUGGGAGAUCUGAGCUUGGCCCCGCCCCCUCCUGCUCCCAUGAUGCACCUGAGUGAGUGGACGCUGAGUGAGCAGAGGUGCAUCGUGGGUCAGGUCAGAGGUCACGUGGUGUGUUUCCUGUUCCUGCAGCUGCAGUGGAGCUGCUCACAGUGUGGCAGCGUAUAUGCACAGAACUGUUCCAGCUCUCAGUGUCGUUCGACAUCGUCCAUCUUUAAGUCCGAAGCAAAGCUGGUGAUGGAUGACGGGACAGGUGAGGCUCACGUCUGGUUCUCAGGUGUGCUGGUCCGUCCUCUGCUGGGAUUGGCUGAUUCUCAGUGGGAGGGGCUUCAGAGAGCGCUCAGGGUCAGAGGUCAAGUCACAGUGUACCCCCGGGGUCGGAGCCUGGUGUGUGACUCUGACGACCCUCUCCUGCACUUCCUGUUGUGUGUGUGCAGCAGUGACAUCGUGUGUCGUCAGCUUCGUCUCACCUGCAGGAAACUCAACAACCGGAGAUCAGAAGAGAUGAAGAGAUUCAGUCGAGGAGAACGAGACUUCAUGACCAGAGUGACUCCUCCUCUGCAGCUCACCUGUUUGCACCUAGACUGACUGAGCUCACCUGGACCGACUGAGCUCACCUGGACACAGACAGGAGGAGGCUGAGUCAGCUCACCUUCAGUCUGAAUGUGAUGUUUGUUUUACAGAAAGUUUUGAUGUUUAUUUUAAUGAAAUAAAAAGUAUUU